UCUAUGGUGAUUUGUCAUUGCGCGCCAUCUACCGAUCGACAGAAAACUGACAGUCGACCGACCGACAGCGACAGCAGACAGCGGAAGAAUUUCAUCCAACCACUACCAGCCCACACACGUCUUUUCUUUUCUAUUCCAUUGUUUUCUGUCGCAAAAUACAAUCGUAAUUUCACGCAGCAGUGAUUUUCAUCAAACUUAAUUAAAACAUGUGUUAAAACUGGACAGUGUAAUAAAGUGCACAAGAGUUCGCGGUGUUAAAAAAACGGAUUUCCAGGAAUGGAGCCGUCACCGACAACCGCCGACAUCUUACUAUCAAGAUUAUUAUGAAUUGAAACAGCGAACUCUCGCUGUUAUGUCUCCUCUUAAGGUUUAGUUUGUCAACACACCACAAUGGACACCCUGCACGUGGGCCAUGGGCACAGCCUCGUCUCCAGCAGGAGCCAGUCGCCAUCUUGUACGGAGCUGGCGCAGCCUGCCGCCGACGCCAUCAGACGCGUGCAGUCGCCCUCCACCGCGCUCCACAGCGAGCCAUCAUCGAGCUCGUCGUCUCGUCAUGGCGACCGCGUCACGCAUCACGUCAAGUCGCACUCGCGGGACUUAGGCAGCAGUCCGCUGUCCCGGGACCUGGGCAGCAGUCCCGCUACCACCAGCGCGUCUAGAGAUCUAGAAGAUUCUCCUCAAAAGAAGAUCAUAGCCGGCAUCAUAGCGCCGGGCGAGUACGCAGCGGCGGUCUACCACAGCCCUAACAACGCGUCUUACCUCUCUUCUGCCGACGAGUAUGGCUCGCCGGCGUACAGAGCAGCUGAUGGUGACUACACGAACCAUGACGACAACGAUGGCGCGAACACAACAACGUCAAAAGCGCAAGCCGCCAUCAUGCAUCUACAGAGCAAGGUGGAGCGGACUAAAGAGCUGAUACGGUUGGAACAGACUAUACGGGAUGACAACGUGAACGAGUACCUCAAAGUAGCAGCUAACGCCGACAAGCAGCAACUGCCGCGCGUCAAAGCGGUUUUCGAGAAGAAAAACCAAAAGUCCGCGCUCUGCAUCGCGCAGCUCCAGAAGAAACUAGAAGGAUACAACAAGAGAAUCAAGAAUUGGGAGCAACACGGGUCGAGCGGGCAGGCGCAUCGGCAGCCGAGGGAGGUGCUCAGCUAUAUGGGACAAGGAUUGAAGAGUGUAGGAGGCAACAUCCGCGACGGCAUCACGGGGCUCGGCGGCAGCGUGAUGGCCGCGCCGAGAGAGUUCGCGCAUCUGUUCUCUCGCUCUAACCGCUUCGGCUCCGCGGACAACAUCUCGCAGCUCGCCGAAAACACAGGUCCUUCCCCACCACACGCGGAACUGAGAGCGAACGCGUCCUCCGAAGGCUCACGAGCGUCCGAGGCAGGGGAAGCCGCGCCGAGAGGGUCCACCUUGCCCCGGGCUGCUACCUCGCCUGCCCCGAAAUUCUCCCCUGAAGCGUCUCCUAGCAGCAGUGUGACCAGUGAAGGCGCCGUGUAUCCGACGCAGCCGGGCUCCACCAACCUAUCGGAAGCGGCGCUCAGCCUCAAGCCGAUCCUCAGUGAACUGGCCGCGCGCCGCGUGGACUACGAAAGGCUUGCCGAGAAACUCGACGCGCUUAAGAAUUUAUCACAAGAGGUGUCAGACCUGACAGAGCGGUUGCAGGAAGAAAGAUUCAAGACUGAGCGGUUAGAAGAACAAAUCAACGAUCUCACUGAACUACAUCAGAAUGAGGUUGAAAAUCUAAAGCAAGCGUUAACGGACGUUGAAGAGAAAGUGCAAUAUCAAAGCGAAGAGAGGAUACGGGACAUUCACGAAGCGCUCGAUCUCUGCCAGACUAAAAUCAUCAAGCUGGAACAAUGGAUGGCGGGCGGGGUGGCGGGCGGCGGCGGCGCGGGCGGCGACGCGGGCGUGGCCGCGCUGCCGCCGCGGCUGCUGCUGGUCAAGCUGCUCAACGUCGCGCUCACGCUGCUGCAGCUCGCGCUGCUGCUCAUGGCCACCAUCGCCGGCGUGGCCAUGCCCUUCCUGCGCACUAGAGUCCGAGUUCUAACAACAAGCUUAGCCGUAAUGGUGGGCGUGAUGGUCCUAAAACAAUGGCCGGAGGUGACGCAGCUCUCCGAGCACCUGGUGAGGCGGCUCAAGGAGUACCUCCUCGACAAGCACCAUGACAGGUAUGAAUGCAAUGCGUUAUGUGGUUAACUAAACCCAUUCGGCGUUAUUGGUGAAUUAGGUAAAAUAUUGCAAUUUAGUCCUGUUUAUUUUGUCAUUUUGUCGGCAAAAUAUAUGUAACAUGGACGAAAUUGUUGACAUACGUAUGAUAAGUUAAUUAUAUUCCGGUUGUUGUUAAUGAAAAGUGAAAUUUGACGAUUAUUUUUGACAUAAUUGAAUCAUCUGAUUAACUCAAUUUGACUAUUCAUUUAUAACAACUGUUGAUAUAUCAAACAAAUGACAUGUGUAAUUGAACAUUUGAUAUUUGUAUCAAUGAUAAAAAUAUUUUUGACAAUACUUUGACAUACCUUUAACUGUUACAUUGUAAAAUAGAAUACAAGCGGGGCUAAUUAGAAUGUAUGGUUUUUAUAUUAUUUUUUACUGAUACCAACUUGUGUUUUAUUUUAUAAUUAAACGUGUAGUUUUUGUAGUGGCGUGGUGUCAAAUAAAUGUAAACUUUAUUUCGCACAUAACAAAGUUGCUUUUGUAUUCAUUUGUAUUCAAUAGCAUACAACGUUGUAUUAUUAAGCAAAUGAAUGAAUGAAUUCAUUUUGCAAUGUAGUAGUAAGGUAGCUAGCUUAACAUUGUCCUAUUUUUACUGUUUGAAUGUUUAUCCCACGCUACUAAAGAUGUUUUAGUGUCAUGAAUGCUCAAAUAUACAUAAUGUUUAGCCAAAAUGUACAGAGGCAUCAUCGCAUGAUACUAAAAUUACUUACGUAAACUUUUGGAAAGUUUUGUCAACGCGAAAAUAUGUCAAACGCCGUGUUAUAUAAAAAGCGACCUUGUGUCAACUCACAAUAGGUUGUUAUUUCACUAAAACAGGCGUCUAUUUCGUCGUCGGCUAUAGUAGACUAUGGCAGCCAAGAGAGCUGCCUCGACAUGUAACAGUGAUAUUCAUAGCUCUUUACUUUAGUUGCGAUUUAGUAUAUUAAACAAUGUUUUGUACACGGGCUGGGCCCGACAGGUCAGUAGUUGGUUGCUCGCUACCUGCGUCUCUAAUCGAGGCUAGAAUUUUAGUCAAAAUCUCGAAUUCAAGCGUCAAAUUUAUCACAAUCCUUUCUUCAUUAUCGUAGGUGGCGGACAUUUUAUUUAUCUAGUUUUUCUGGAAACUUGGCGGUAGUAGUAAUUUUAUAUCAAAUAAUUUAUCCGCAACGGCGAGUUUCCAGGCAAACAGAUGUAGCACACUGUAAAUACUUUUUUUUACGGGAAAGGUAAGUUGCCAUCACAUUAGUUUUUAAAAAAUUGUGAAUAUUUUUUUUACGGAAGGCUUUAGGCGGUAGACGGCGCGUUACUGCUCAUAUACAGUACUACGAUUCGUAAUAUACGCCUUAGCAAUAAUUGCCAUCUCCAUGUCAAAGGCAGAUGUCAAAAACCUUUGAGGAACAACGAUUGACGAAGCGCAUACUUUUAAUUGCAGUACUGUAAUCUUUGUAAUUUUUUAGCAACUGUGGAUGUUGUAGUCAAUUUUUAAUAUUAAAAAUGCAGAAUAAAAUAACAUAUGUAUAUUUAGCGAAAUAUCCUCUAGCGCGGAGUGCGGGCCAGCACACAAUUACACGAUACGACGUAGUAUUUUAGUGAAUGCAGUUAUUUCUCUCAUUAAUAUGAUUAUUCAAGUGUCUUAAUCAACGGUUAGCAAUAAUAUACUAGGGUAAAAACUGUAAAAAGUCACUUGAAACGAUUAGCACAUCAAAGAAAUAUAUUCAUUGAUAUCUACAACAAUAAGAUGUCUGAAGAGAUCAGUUGUGUUCGUAAUGAACAUCAAGCAAGGACUUAAUAAAAAUGUCCAGUAUUUUAGAAUAGAAUAGUCCUGCGAGCGUCCGCACUCUGUGUUAUGCUACUAGGAAAAUCUUUUUAUUAAUAAACUAAACAAUACGAUAUUGAUAUUUUUAAAGCGAAUACAUUCCAAAAUUUCUUACGGAAUAGCGAGUAUGAACAUAGCCAAUACUUUAAAACUAGAUUUUUAGUCUAAAUCGCCGAGUUGAGCAGCGUUGUUGCGAUGUACAAACUAUUGAGGUUUUGAUGCGGUUGAUCGUUAAGUUGUCGAUGUAAUUAUGUACAUAUUAUUUACAUUUUGUUCUGAAUAAGUUUAUUUUUGUGACGUUUAUUGGCUCCUCGCAUGUUGUUGACGAAUGUAAAUGUUGUGCUUACGAACGAAAUGGCAAAUAAAUUAUUGUUAUAUACAGCUAA